CGAGCCUAUAAAUGGCCUUAAUCCAGCCUCCUCUGUUCCCAAAGAAACCCUUAAGGGUUGCCCUGAAGGUACCCGCAAGGGUUUUGUAAAUUCUCCUUUCGAUGUUGCUGCCAAUAUUGAGUUUGUAACGGCAUCUUUAGCUUCUGGUUCUCCCCAAGGACUUCCUGUGAAACCUCCCAACUCGCCAGUAAAUGCUUCCACUGUUCUUGCAAAAGGUUGCUUAACCAAUGAAUCCAAGUGCUUGCGAUGGUGGCCUUGCAAAGAGUUACAUGCCUAAAUCUUUGAAUGAUGCCCAGUUCUCUGCUUCAUCUCAGAUUUCAAGCCCACUGUUCAGAGCCAAAGAAGAUUCUUAUUCAAAGGGUCUAUUAAAAGGGAAAUGUUUCAAUUCUCAAGUUUUAAAAGAGAAACCAGUCAAUGUUCCUCUCUGGGCUCCUUUAUGUCAGCCUGCAAUUCUUGACCAUAUGGUGGAUCAAAAGCUCACUGAGGAAGUUGGUGAAGAUGAUAAAUGGUUUGUAGUGCGUAAACGUAAGAGACUUUCUUUUAAAUUGAUUCAAGCCCCCUCUGCCUCUAUUGCAGGGGGGAAUUUGAUUUGAAGCCUUCAUGGUUCAUAUGAGCUUUGUUGACAGUUGUACUUCAUGGUUUUGCUAGAUUUUGGAUUAUUUUGGUUUCUUUAUGUAAUAAUUCUAUUUUUAAUUUAAUACAUAUUAUACAGGUUUCA